AUGCACUUUACAAAGUUUGACCCGCCUGAAGUGGACGAACAGUUUCUACAUUGGGAGUUGGACACUGCGGAACUGGAAUUUAUCACACAUGACUCUGCCAGUCUUCGUCGGCAUGCAGAUCUACUUGUUAAGGGGGGUUCAUUCGAGUCGCAACAGCCUAUGCAAACUAGAAAUCAACAGAGCACUUUAGGCAACAAUUGUGACAAUGAUGCUAAUGAUAGUCAUGCAUCGAACUCGGACAGUGAUCAAGAAGCCGCAGUCACUGCUGGUGGUCAACAACGUUCCCAAGAUUGGCUUAAAUGGUACAUUUGGGCCAGGCGCCAGACACGUCUCGCCUCUGAUGUUCUUGGCCCCGACUAUGAAACAGCAUCCGGCCACCGUCAAACCUAUCUCUCUAUUUCCUGUAACAAUGGCGCUGUACAAGUCACCUCUCGACCUAGUGUAUUUCGAGCCAGUCAAUCCUUAAGCGGUAGUGGAAUGCGUGCUCGCUUUGGCACUGUCUCCGGUGAGUUUCGCGCCGGGGGUCGUGAGUCAGCUGCUCGCCGGGGAUCAACUGGGGGAGUCAGACGUGGUCUUGCUCGUCAGGAGCGUUUAGCAGCUUCAUCUACUAGAGGCAUUGGAAUCCCUCGCUCUCACUUAGUCCAUUCUGGUGGAGAAUCGGUAUUAUCGCCAGGCUUUUCUGAAGCUAAUAACUCAAAUGGCUGUCUAUGCCCACUAACUGUGAAUUUUGAAGUGUUGCACGCGCCCAGUCAUCUGCCGUUUCAUCGGUUGCCACCAGCCUAUCUCACAAAUCUGCAUGGUGUAGCCUAUGCUAGCAGCCGUCAGAGCCUGCAGCCAGGUAGAAGACAUCUGAAUCGGCUUCUCGAUUUUCUUCCUUCCGUCACUCUUGAUAACAGUGGGUUUUCAUUUUCCAACCUAGGUUCAUAUUAG